AUGCCGUCGACUUCCGCCGGUUGCGACGAUGUUGUCGCCAAUUGUCUGGUGAUUGAGCCGAGUGAGAUCAAACCGAGAUUAAUGAGACAACUCGAAAUAUCUACUAAGACACCUAAUAUUUUUGGUGUCAACGCCAGUUUAAAUGAAAGUCCCAAUCCUGGUUUACAUCUCACAGGCUUUGGUAUGAUUGGAUUCCCAUUAUAUGAGCAUGAUAUUGAACGUAUCAAGAGUGCUGCUGUUCCGAAUCCCCAGAAUGAGAGGACGCCAGGAGUAUGGGAGGUACCUGCUAGGUUGUGGCAGACUGAAAACCCCAAGCGGGACUCUUUUAUCAAGUCUGCCAGGUUCCAACUCACCACACGCCUGGGCGUUGACAAAGAAGAUAUGAUAUGGGUUAAUGCAGAAAAGGCCAGCCUGAUAGUAUAUUUGCCAGGCGGCGUGAUGCAAUCAGCUCAAGGGUAAUAUUACAUUCUCGGAGCUACCGAAUAUCAUUAUGCUAAUCUAGAUACACCGCAGUGUUGAGCACAAUGAUGGCAUGUUUGGGACGCUGGACAUUACCUUGCCUUCGAGCAAUAGUCCUUGCGAAUCAGUCCUCACCCAUGAUGGCAGAAAAAGGAGUUUCGAUACCGGACAAGUUUCUGCCUAUGACUGCUUUGCUUCUGCUUUUGUAAGUGCGCGUGCUUAAACUUCGUGAAAGAAUCUGAUUCUGUGCAAUUUACAGUUCCAGGAUGUUGUUCUGACAAGCUCUGUCUCCGAAUGUGGAUACAGACUUGUGUUGAGGUACUCAUUAGUGACUGAAUUGCCUGGAAAAUUGUUUCCUACCACCUCGUUGGAUCGGCAAACGGCCCAAGUCCAGUCAAUUCUUAGCAAUUGGGCAAAACAGCCAGAACAAUUCAACCACAAGCUUCUAAUCUGCCUAGAGUCAAGUGUAUCUGAGGCAACUACGCGUCGCCUGAAAGAAGCCUGCCAGGGCGCAGGAUCUUAUUUGUGCAAAGCCACCCUGAAGCAAAAAAUAGUGACAAUCGACUGUGAAGAUGAUCCGUCUUACUCGGACAGGGUCGGGGGAUAUCUUGUAUCCACUCAUAAAGACCAUGGCGAGCGCCAAGAGAAGACGACGGAAAUGUGCAACUAUAGAACCUUUGAGGGUCAUUCACUGCCAAAACCUCCGGAUUACUGUUUUGACGAAGGUGACAUUAUACAAUCGGGCGACCACUUCACACAAGAUGACAUUGUAAAAGACGAAGACAAGGAUUCGGAUGACGAUGAAGAUUCGGACGAACGACGAUGAAGAUUCGGACGAACGACGAUGAAGAUUCGGACGACGAUGAAGAUUCGGACGAUGAUGGUGAUCAUGAGGUUGAAAAAUACAGCAAACGUGUUAGCCAACACCUGCGCAUGUGAGCUUUGCUCCCGCUAAUGAGUCUUAGGUUUUGAUCAUCCUACCUAGGAAGCGAAGAAUGACAUUCUUCUAUGCUUUUAAAUCAUACUCAUGGCUUCAAUCCUGCUCCCCUUCCUCUGCAGUAACAGCUUUGUUGCAAGAAUUUUGUAAGGCUGCUCAGUCUGGAACAACUACGCGCUAUGAAAUCGGGCGGGAGGAAGCUCACCAAUUGUGUGAAAUGAUCUUGUCGGCCGCCAAAAGGGAACCCGUGCCUCAAGAAUGGGUACCUACGUAUUUUUGGAUGAUGAAAGCCAUCGCCUUGCUUGAUAAUAAAGACUUGAUUUGCCAGGCACUUCCAGCUAUGAUUGCGUGUCCCGAAGUCUCCGAGCCAGUGUUUUCAGUUUUCAGUAAUGGCGUUGUACGAAACUGACUGGCUCUACGCAACGUACGUUUACCUGAUAUCGACGAAUGCUUGGAGAUUUUCUAACCUUUUCCCAGUAUGGAAUCUCAGCUAUCGGAAAUAAACAAAAUUUGAACAGCGCUAUAUUGCAGUGCGAUCCAUGGAGUCGCUGGCCAGAGGCGAUGCCUGGAUUGAAGCUCAAUACAAAAUAGCUUUAAGCACUCUGGACAUUGUAUGUUCAAAGGACGGAGCCAGGUUAGCGGAACUAGCAAACAAAAGGGCUAAUGGAGAGUUCUUCCGCGAAUGAUUAGCAAGAAACUAUUGAAUAUGCUCCUCUUGCUGACCUUUGUAGUCUGCUUCCUGCGUGGCGACGCAAUAUGAAAUUUGUCUCUAUGACAGUAGCUUUUCUCCACAACAUUGGACGGAACCCAAUUGAAACCAACCCUAAUCGACAAGAGAUACUCUCCGAAUUCAUGCAAGCCGCAAAAUCGAACUCGGUAGUUUUAAAGAAGCAUGGAGGUGAUUACAUAGCUAUAGCUUCUAUUUUCAGAUUUUCCUACGCCAUCGGCUUUACGGAAGGGCUGCAAUCACUAGCUGCCAAUCUCUCUGCAGGAGCCUCAGAUCCAGAGAAAUUUGAUUCCCUCCGUCUUUUGCAAGAGCUCGCUGUUCAAUUUCAAGAAGGGCCAAUUUUGAGGUGCCGCGCCAUUCAAGAUUUGUUCAGAGACAUUCUUAGCUCAUAUAUAUCUCGAAAUGCUCCGAAGCGCCCCGUCAUCGAAAACUUGACUCUCGGGAGAUGUGGGUGUGGGUGUCACCAUUGCAACCUUUUAGAUCAGUUUCUUCUAAGCCCGACAAGAAAGGUUUUUGAAUCAGCAGUGGGCCUCAUGCGCGACGAAAACUGA